CAUAAACAUUUUCUGUUGUAGCAAGAAGCGCGAGAGUCCACCGUUUGUCGGACUGAACUGCGUGAAGGUAUUUUGCCGUGUGUGUAACAACGUAUGAUUUAGUUGAUGAACGGUGAGUCUCGCGUGUGCUGUGGCUGCGUUGAUCUAAUGAUGGGUUACUAAGCUGUCCUGGAUUUCGUAGAAUAGCGUAACGAAGUUUCGGAACAGUGGAAAAGAACAGAGGUCAGCUGGAAGGCCUUGAGGAGGAAACGUGAACGUAUACGCACACGACGGGGACUGUCGUGAGGGAGAGGGAGGCAUUCGCAUUCGAGACACAGAGGCAGACAGUGGAAUAGUAAUAUAUACGCGCACAGCCAGCACUGGGCGUAACACGUAGAUUGUUGUUUAAUCGAAUAGAUAGCCAGCGAUAGAAAGAGAGAAAAAUAGCGGGAAGGAAAAGAUGAGCGACGAGGAUGGCGAGGGGCGAUCUAUCAGCACAACAUCAACACAAGCGGCCGUUGUCCCUGAAAGUAACAGCCAGACGGGGGAACAACCGACCAUGAGCACACGAGUAUUCCCCAAGGUUCCAAUAUUUAUCGUCGAAGAUCAUCAUGACGUGCUGACCUUUCUGUAUCGGUGUCUCGACACGAGACAUCUUCCGGCGCGAGGGAACAAAAUUAUCCAUUUCGAUUCCCAUCCGGACAUGUGCAUUCCGAAACAUAUGGAAGCCAGAUGCGUGUUCAACAAGGAGAACCUGCUGAAUUGUAUCAGCACUGAGAACUGGCUAAUGCCCACGGUUUUCGCCGGACACUUGGAGCGGAUUGUGUGGAUUAAACCGGAGUGGUCCGACCAGAUACCGAAGGGCAAAUACCUAUUUCAUGUAGGAGAAUAUGAAGGCAGCAUUCGGACCGAUUCGACGCUGGAGUAUUUCGUGUCAGAAGGGUGCUAUCAGCCGGAGGAACACUUGGAGAGUAAGAAAGUGCUGAAGCUAGAAGUUUGCUCCAUCGUAGAGUACAAAGUGACCGAUGAGGAUGAUCUUAAGGAUGGCUAUAUUCUGGAUGUCGAUUUGGACUAUUUCAGCACACGCAAUCCUUUUUUGAAGAUCUACGAAGAAGUUGGACUAUACGAUAGGCUUAAGGAAAUCUUUGUCUCGCCCGAUCAAACCGACAGUGGUACGGAAGACGAUCUAGAGAAGCGACAACGGAUCGCAAAGAACCGAGAAGAGAAGCUAGAAUUCCUCCAAUCGGUAUUCAUCUAUUUGGCUGAAGGAAAAAAUCUGAAGCACUUCUUCGUCGAUUACCAGCAAGAUAUCAGCGAGGAGUACUCGGCACUGCUGGAGAAAGUGUCCAGUUUAGCAGCGGUUCUAAAGAAGGAAUACACCGAUGAGGAAAUUGAUUGGUCAAUGAUUUACAUCGCCGGUUGCACUUGCGACAUUACAAAUCUCCCACAUCAUGAAUCGACCCAGGAGGAAAUUCACACGAUGAUAGCCCAGUUCGAGAGCUUCCUUACAAAGCUUCCAGCCGCACCAACGGUAAUCACUAUGUCCCGAUCGAGCGAGGACGAUUACACCCCUGCCGAGCAAGUGGAAAUGAUCCAGGAGCUGGUGCUGGCGGCACUGAAGAAGUGCCUUCGAGUUGAACUUGACGAACCCACAAUGUACUAUAUAGAUCAGGAAUUUAGGUUUUAAGUAUACAGAACAUUAUCUCGAAUCGCUUUCGAGAGAGCGAUGUUAGAGCUGCAGCGACGUUUCCUUUUACGUUUAUAUUACAAUCAAUUCUGAAUAUUAAAUUUAUUUCUUCGUACAAACGAAAAAACCAAA